AGCACCAUCUGACGGUGAAAAAUAGCAACUCUUUGACAUUUUCCGUUUUCCUCUUCCUGUGGUUAUUUAAUAGUUUGAGCCAAGAUAUUUGCGCUAAAUUCGCGAUGGCUCUGAGAUUACUGAGUAAAUUGAAUGUGCGGCCAGAGCUCCGUGGUGUCGUAAACCUUAGUUCUGCGGCGGCACCAGCAACGUUAUCAGAUUUCGAUGUGCAACAUAAAACUCCUGUGGUGAGAAAGCAGCACCUCGUCCCGAAGGCUCAUUAUGGGGGCCGUCACGCAGUCACCAUGCUCCCAGGAGGAGGAAUCGGUCCAGAGUGCAUGGGCUACGUCAGAGACAUUUUCAAAUACAUCGGAGCUCCAGUAGACUUUGAGGUGGUGGACAUUGAUCCCAAUGUGGACAAUGAUGAGGAUGUACAGUAUGCCAUCACCACUAUCAAGAGGAACGGUGUUUGUCUUAAGGGUAACAUUGAGACCAAGAGUGAAGCUGCCUAUGUGACGUCCCGUAACAUUGCACUCCGCAACUCUCUGGACCUGUAUGCAUACGUGCUGCACUGCAAGUCCUUCCCAGGAAUCACCACCAGGCACAAGGAUAUUGAUAUCCAUAUUAUCAGACAGAACACGGAAGGUGAGUAUGCCAUGCUGGAGCACGAGUCGGUGCAGGGCGUGAUCGAGUCCAUGAAGGUGGUGACCGCCAGCAACUCCGAGAGGGUGGCGAGGUUCGCGUUCGAGUUUGCCAAGAGGAACAAUAGGAAGAAGGUGACAACGGUCCACAAGGCUAACAUCAUGAAGCUGUCGGACGGCCUGUUCCUGGAGACGUCGCGCCGCCUCGCCAAGGAGUAUCCGGACAUUGAGCACAACGACAUGAUCAUCGACAACUGCUGCAUGCAGCUCGUCUCCAAGCCCCACCAGUUCGACGUGAUGCUGAUGACCAACCUGUACGGGUCUAUAGUGUCCAACGUGGUCUGCGGCAUCCUCGGCGGCGCCGGGCUCCACUCGGGCAGGAACUACGGCGACCACUACGCAGUCUUCGAACCUGGCACUAGGAACACUGGUACCGCCAUAGCCGGCAAGAACAUAGCUAACCCGAUAGCAAUGAUCAACGCGUCAGUAGACAUGCUGGAACACCUCGGCCACCACUUCCACGCUGACCUGAUCAAGGCGGCCGUCGCGAAGACUAUCAACGAAGACCACAUCAUGACUCCGGACCUUGGAGGGACCGCCUCGUCGACGGACGUGGUGAAAGCUAUCAUCGAUAACAUCGACAUGUGUAUAAAGAACAAGGUUUCGUUCCAUUGAAUCUGAAUAUUUCAGCUGAAUUAGUGUGAUUAUGUUACUAAGUUAUUGUUUUUCUAUGUUUGCUUGACUUUACUCGCGUCUAUUAGUCUUUUUAUGAAAUAUUAUCUAUCUAUUAUUAAGAUUAAACUUAAUUACUAUACAGGGUGUCCCUGAAGUCGACGUCCAACAGGCACCAGAUGAUCGGCAAGGUCCCAAAUGUUAUCAGAAAAAUAAAAAAAAAUUCUAAGUCCUACAGUUUUUAAAUUACAGUGA